GGAAUGCGUUGCAAUAUCGUGUGAUUAGAGGUUUCUUUUGUGUGAGCAGCGCUUUGUGUAAAAUAGUCGGCAUAGGGGUUAUCGGGUUUCUUUUUUCAAAGCGUCCCCUUAUAAGAUAGGGAAGACUGAUUGAAGUCCUCGUGAAAGAUAUGAUCCCGAUGUCUCGUCACCUGGGCCAAGGCAGUCAGCAGACGCGGCAGACGGAGCUGGACGAGAUAUGGGGCGACCUGCUGCGCGGCAUCGAGCAGGUGUACAGUGGCCAGUCGAUGGGCCGCGAGCGCUACCUCCAGCUCUACACCCUCGUCUACAACUACUGCACCAGCGUGCAGCAGCAGACGCAGCCGUCCAGUUCGCGCGCCUCGUCGGCCAAGUCCAAGAAGAGCAGCACGUGUCACAGUGGCGCGCAGAUUGUCGGCCAUGAACUCUACAAGCGACUCAGGGAGUUCUUCAAGGGGUACCUGAUGAGGCUACUCAAGGGCGGCAAGGAGCUGAUGGAUGAGCCGGUGCUGCAGUUCUACACAAAGAACUGGAGCGAGUACCAGUUCAGCUCCAACGUGCUGAACGGCGUGUGCGCCUACAUCAACCGGCACUGGGUGCGGCGCGAGCUGGAGGAGGGCCGCAAGGACAUCUACGAGGUGUAUCAGCUGGCGCUAGACACGUGGCGCGAGCAUCUCUUCAAGCCGCUACACAAACAGGUGACGAACGCCGUGUUGAAGCUCAUCGAACGGGAGAGGAACGGAGAGACCAUAAACACGCGGCUAGUUAGCGGCGUCAUCAACAGCUACGUUGAGCUCGGUCUCAAGGACGAGGAGCCAGGCCCCAAGGGCAUCAACCUGUCUGUGUACCGGGAGUCGUUCGAGAAGGUGUUCCUCGAGGACACGGAGCGCUACUACACCCGCGAGAGCACAGAGUUCAUCAGCCAGAACCCCAUCACCGAGUACCUGCGCAAGGCGGAGCUCCGGCUGCAGGAGGAGCAGCGCCGCGUCCAGCUCUACCUGCACGAGAGCACGCACGACAAGCUGGCCUCCAGCUGCGAGCGCGUGCUCAUCCAGCGCCGGCUCGAGACGCUGCACGCCGAGUUCCAGAACCUGCUCAACGACGACAAAAACGACGACCUGGAGCGCAUGUUCAACCUGGUGUCGCGGAUACCGGACGGCCUGAGUGAGCUGAGGACCAUACUGGAGAACCACAUCGUCAACCAGGGCAUCCAGGCCAUCGAGAAGAUCGGCGACGACGCCUCGAACGACCCCAAGGAGUACGUGCAGACGAUAUUGAACGUGCAGCGCAAGUACAAUGAAAUGGUGCAGGGCGCCUUCAAAAACGACGCGGGCUUCAUCGCGGCGCUGGACAAGGCGUGCGGCAAGUUCAUCAACAACAACCCCGUCACAAAGGACGCCAAGUCGUCGAAGAGCCCCGAGCUGUUAGCCAGGUACUGUGAUCUGCUGCUGCGGAAGAGCAGCAAAAACCCGGAGGAGACAGAGCUCGAGGACAUACUCAACCAAGUGAUGAUCGUCUUCAAGUAUAUUGAGGACAAGGAUGUCUUUCAAACCUUCUACAGCAAGAUGCUGGCUAAGCGUCUGGUGCAGCAAAUGUCGGCCAGUGACGACGCCGAGGCCUCGAUGAUAUCCAAGCUAAAGCAGGCCUGCGGCUACGAGUACACGUGCAAGCUGCAGCGCAUGUUCCAAGACGUGGGCAUAUCGAAGGGCCUGAACGACGACUUCCGGCGGCGUCACAGCAGCGCGGCCGACAGCAGCCAGGGCCUGGACCUGGACUUCAGCAUCCAGGUGUGCUCGUCCGGCUCCUGGCCCUUCACGCAGUCGGCCACGUUCCUGCUCCCGCAGCAG